AUACAUUUAAUAAUGAUACACAGUAUACUAUACAAUUCAUAUGAAACACAGAUCCAAUUGAAUCAGGUUAUCAUCGGAAUGGAACAUCUUUAUUAAAAAAUGUAUAUCCACUUGAGUUUUGUUUUGGUCAAGUCAUAACUGAAUAAUGGAAAAUAAUAUUGUUUGCUUUUAUCAGUCCAGACCAGCAGUGGGCAGUAGAGCCUACACUACUUCACCCGAUUGGUGUGAUCUUUGAGUAAAUAAGAACAAGAUAUUAAAUAUAUUUAAUUUGAGUUUUUGAUUGGUCUAGUGAGUUGACUACUGUUAGGCUAAUAGUUGGAUCCAGCUGUAGCUAGCUACUUGAUUGUCUUUAUUGAUAUCUUCAUAAUCAGACAGGUAAAUCAUUACAAAUAUUAUGUCAAAUGAAAAGGCUGACCUAGUCUAAUACAAGUAGCUAAAUAGCUAGUUGUAGAAACUGAUUAGCCUAGCUAAAAUUACUUAGCCCUCUGACUAAUGUUGUGUGUGUAAUUCAACUUGAUUUGCAUUUCAGUGAAAAUUCUGAAAUUUAUAUAAUUUUUCCUUUUCACUAGUCUCUUGAAUUAUGGAGAAUGUCUUACAGACAUUGGAUCCAAAGGUUUGUAUAAUUUGUGGGAAAGAUUUUGAAAAGGGCAAGAAAAAAGAUCCCUAUGUCCAAAACCCCACAGUAGAAGGCCUCCAACGCAUACUUACACUUGCUCAGCAGAGAGAUGAUGAUGUCCAUAAAACGCUGGCUCCAUAUACAGAUGACAUACUUUCUUCCAAAAUCAAAGUUUCAUAUCAUGUAUCAUGUAGAGCGAACUACUGCAGUAAGACAAAAAUCAGUGAGCAGCAGCAAGUUGCAAUUGUUGAGAGUGAGAGCACAUCUGCACCAAGAAGGCUGAGUAGGGCUGAUACAACAUCAUUUAAAAUACGGAGAGAUUGUUUCAUUUGUGGGAAGGCCAGCUCUAGACCAGAACCUCUGAUAGCCAUUUCGACUGGUACAGGUGCAAGUACCAGAGACAAGGUCCUUCGGGCAGCUUCUGAAAGGCUUGAUGAAGAUGUACAUCUUCGAAUUCUUUCAUGCCCAGAUCUCUUUGCAUAUGAUGCCAAAUACCAUAAAAUGUGCCUUGCACACUACAUCUCUGAAAGAAAUAUAGCAGCUGCCAGACGAAGAAAAGAAUCAGAAAAGCAGACCAAUGUCUAUGACAAAGCCUUUAUUAAGCUCACUGAAGACAUUGAUAAAACAGUAUUGUCCAAAUAUAUGAAAGUGAGGACUCUCAACUCUUUGACUGAUAGCUAUGAUAACAUACUAAAGACCAUUGCUGUGGAAGAAGGUGUGUCCACAGUUCAACACAACAAAUAUAGAUCCUGGAAACUAAAGGAAAAGCUGAUACAGCAUUACAAAGACAGGCUUGUAUUCGUUCCACGUCCAGGACAGUCAGAUCUGAUCUGCUCAGAUAGUAUGACCAUAGGUUGUGCACUGAGGGAAGCUGCUAAACUCACAGAAAUAACAGUAGACUGUGAGACAACACUUUCACAGACAAGUCAGAGUCUUUCCGAAAUCCAAAUAUUACACAGGGCUGCAGACAUAUUGAGGAAAAGCAUGGAGCAGGUAGAACAUGACAGUCAAUCAUAUGUCAGCAGUGACCGUCUAUCACGUCUCCAUUGCAGCAAGUAUGUACCCAACAUCCUGUAUGACUUUGUCAACUGGUGUGUUGAUUCACAUGCCCACAGAGAUUACCAAACAUGUGAUGAUGACCCAGCUUCAAAGGACAAUCUGUGUGUUAUCGCAAUCUGCCAUGAUCUUAUUGGACAGAGCUGUCACAUCCAUACGCCAAUCACACUGGGACUUUCCAUUUUGAUACAUCAUGAGUUUGGUAGUAAGACACUCAUCAAUGAGCUCAGUGCAAUGGGGCACUGCGUUUCCUAUACAGAGGUUAGGCACUUCCUCACAUCUGUGGCAGCAGACCAGAUAUCAAGGACAGAGAGUGGUGUCUACAUCCCAACUGGCCUCACUGGAGUCGCUGAACAUGGAAUUGUUGAUGCAGCCAUCGACAACUUUGACCAAAAUGAAGACACCCUGGAUGGGAAGCGUACAACUCAUGCUAUGGCGUCUGUUGUGUUCCGAAGAGGCCAAGUCUCCACAGCAGAUAAAUGCCUAGCACGGGUACCACAGAGGUCCCUCACCACCUUAAACACGUUUGAUAUGAAUGGAGAUAAACUUUACAGAUACAUCAAAUCUACAAAGCGACCCGAACCACCUGAACUUGCCCAACCUGAGUUAUUGCACACAAACACAACAAUCUCUAAAGCAGCUGAAGACAGAGAUCUGGUAUGGAAGCUGACCCGAAAUGUAACUAAGAAUCAGCAGCAUGUCCCUGCUUGGUCUGCAUUUAAUGCCUUCAUGUCAGACACUGCUUGUUCAGUAGCCAGUGUACUCUACCUGCCCUUCAUAAGAGAAUCACCCUCAGAAUUGUCCACCAUCUACACAUCUAUGAUACGACUUGUACAGCUUGCUGCAGAACUGGGACAGCACCAUAUUCUUGUGACAGCAGACCUUGCAAUUUAUAGUAAAGCACAACAGAUCUUGUGGAGCAAACCAUCGCCCUUACAAGGAAAGAUCACAAUGAGACUGGGAGGUAUGCAUAUCACGAUGGCUUACCUAGCAAGCAUUGGAAAGCUCUAUGGCGAUGGUGGACUCUUUGACAUACUAACUGAGUCAGAUGUGUAUGCAGAGGGAACAGCUCGAGAGUUGCUUCAAGGGAAACAGCUGGCAAGAGGAGUAAGAAGCAUAAAGCUAGCCUCUGAGGCUCUGUUCAGGCUCUUCUGGCAAGCCAUGCAAUCAUGGCUUGAAAAACAAGGCCAAUGUGCAAUGACUGAAGCACAAGAGCAAAUCCUACGAGAUGUACAGCAUGCAUUUCAUGGUAAUGACAAGGCCACCGCUCAACAGCUCAUCAGUGAGGUGGAAACUGAACUUCCUGAGAUCCAGAAGAGAAUCCAGAUGUUCAUAAAUGAGGGAGUUAAGCAAUCUGCAACCUUUGGAUACUGGUUAAUGUUCCUCAAUGGUGCUGAUCUAUUGCUAAGGAUUCUUCGUUCAGAGCGUGAAGCUGACUUUCAACUUCACCUGAAUUGCAUGUGUGAAGUGAUGCCUUGGUUCAGAGCUGCUGGCAGGACCAAUUAUGGCAAGUACAUGCCAGUCUAUGUUGCAGAAAUGAAAGCACUUGAACAUGAACAACCAGAAGCAUACAAAUUCAUGCAGCAAGGUGGGUUUGUUGUUCGCCGGUCUGAGCAUCAAAGUUUCAACUGUGUGGCUACUGAUCAGGCACUGGAGCAAACCAUUAAUCGAGAAGGCAAGAGUCAGGGUGGGGUUGUUGGCUUCACAUUACGAAAAGGAGCUCUCACAAGAUGGUUGAUGACAAGACAUGUGACCACAGCAUAUGUGGAUGCCAUGAAAGAGCUUUGUGACACUGAUGAUCAGAGCUCGAAAGCACACAAGGAGCAUGGAGCAUCCAGAAUGGACAGAGAUGAAAGAGACAUACAGAAGAUAAUGGAAGCUGUGGAGCAGAGGCAGAAUCCCUUUGAUCUUGAUAGCAUUCCCGAGGAACUGAUCAACAUUGCAAGUGGUCAGGUUGCAUCUGAGAAAGUUGCAAAAGAGCUCUCAAGCUUCCUCCAAGAUGGUGCGAAGCAGAAUGCUAUCUUUAUUGAACAACGUCUGGCAAAAUCAAAAAGAACAAAGAGCUUCUGGGAGCCAGAGAAAAGAAACCAGUGUGCAACCUUCAAGGACAUGAAAACAUCAGUUGGAGUCAGCAUAUCUAGAAAGGUUCACAUGGACUCAGACGUGCUCUUUCGAAGAUUACUGGCUGUCUCCAAGCAAAGAGAGGUGUCCAUGGAGACUGUGAUGUCUCACGAACUCGCAGCGGUCCCACCCUCUUUGUUUUAUGAUGAUGGAAGCAUGAGGAAAACAACAAAAGCUGACCUGGCCAAAAAACUUGAGGCUGUUGUUGAAGAGACACAGCAGCUGCCAAAUGUUAAAGAACCAUCAGCAUAUAUCAUUGAUGGCAUGGCUCUUCUACAGAGUCUCAGUGAUUCAGCCUUUCAAACGUUCAAUGACCUAGGUGAGUGUGUCUGGAAAAAGAUCACAACUUUAAUGGGAAAGGAAGGUAACAGCUGUGUUGUUAUAGUGUUUGAUAGAUAUGACCACCAACACUCAGUCAAAGAUCUUGAAAGACAAAGAAGAGGCACCAUUCACACCAGCAGACAAACACAUAUCAUCACAGGACAAACAAGGGUUCCAAACUACAGAAAAUACCUCAGGAUCAGCGGAAACAAGGCUGCUCUAUGUAGCUUUGUCAGCACCUACAUCACCAGUACUGGGCCAACAAGAAUUUCUUCAGGGAACACGGUCAUCUUGGCAGGUGGCUUUGAAAAUGGUCAGGAGGUUAAAAGGGUUAGCAAGUCAGGCAUUGAAUGCUUGAAAGAUCUUUACAGUGACCAGGAGGAGGCUGACACAAGGCUGGUGUUACAUGCAAUACACCUUGCACAGUCACAUUCUCGUCUAAUUGUCAAAUGUGAUGAUACAGAUGUACUAGUUUUGCUUCUGUACUAUUCAAGCAAAGGGAUGUUUGGAUCCUCAGCAGUGUUUAUGCACUCUGGACAUGGCCUUAAGGAAAGAUUCAUUCCUAUCUGUUCGAUCGCUCAGAAGCUUGGAUCAGUGCUUUGUGAGUGUUUACCUGCAUGCCACGCCCUCACGGGUUGUGACACCACAAGCAGUUUGUACAGAAUUGGGAAGGCCACUGCCCUCACAAGACUGAAGACCCAUCUUUGUGAGUUACAGGAAAUGACCAAAUUUGGACUCUCUGGUAGUCUGGAAGAGGCUUUGCCUGUGGCAAGAAGGUAUGCCCUCCUCCUGUAUGGCCAAAAGAAAAAGGUGGAUGGGUAUCCUUGCACCAACCUGGAUGAGCUGAGGUACACACUAGCAUCUACCACAGAUUUGUCAGCAGCAAAUCUACCCCCAACAGAAGAUGCCUUCCAGCAACAUGUGCUGAGAGCCUUGUACCAAACAGCAGUGUGGCGUCACAGCCACCUGGCCAAACCUCUUCUCUGGAACCCAGUUGGCAGAGGAUGGAGGCUCAGAGAAGAUGGGUGCAUUGAACCUGUGAUGUUCCAGAAGGCACCAGCACCUAAAGAAGUUAGAGACAUCACCCACCUCUACUGUAAAGACGGAAACUGCAACGAUGCCAUCAAAUGCCAGUGUCUUUCAGUGGGCUUGACCUGCACAGAGUUUUGCUCUUGCCCUUUCCCAGACUGUCCAAAUAUGACCCACUUUGUCACUGAUGACAAUGUGGAUGAGUGACAGUGGUGUGUUGCAGUUGUAACAUCAUGGGGGGCUAACCAAAAGCAGUUAAUGUUCCAAAUGGUUGCUGCUAGAAAAAAAAAAAAAAAAAAAAAAAAAAACAGCCUGAGAAGACAGGGCUCAUUCCCCCACAGAGUGUUUGUUUAGUUAGAUUGCCAUUUGUUUGAUUUAAGACAGUAAUUUAAUUUGUAUCAUGUGAAAUUAAGUUAUAGUUUUAUUAAAAGGCUCAUUAAGGUCAAACUGCAA